UGAAACAGACAUGCCCAUCUGCAAUCUCUGUGGAGAGAAUCCCACAUGGCUGGAGAGCCAGGCCAGGGCUUUUAUGGCAGGCAGUUAAAGGGUCUCAAGAAUCCCUCUUUCUGAGAAAGGGAAAGGCAUUCAAGUGGAGGAAACGCAGAAGCAAAAGCACCGUUGGAAAGAACUGUGCACGGGUGGUGAGCAAGGACCAGUGGAUGCAAACAUGGGAGAUAAGCUGCAAAGGCAGAUGGGGGCUGUUCAUGGAGGCUGUUGAAUGUCAGAGUUCUGGGCAGAUAGUUUGUUUUCACCGUGACGUCUAUAGCGCCUGCGAGGGGCCAGCGUCCCAGGGGAUUCCCAGGCCCUGCAGAAGACUUGUGGGGCUUCGGUGACUUAAUAGGCAGAGCUCGCUUGGCCCUCCCCGGGGGGGGCGGGGCUCCAAGCAUCCGGGCUCGACCCUAGCCCCCGAAGGCCAUCGAGUCCUGCCCCUGCCUGGCCCGGGAUACGCCAUGGGACAACUGAUCGCCAAAUUGAUGGACGUCUUCGGGAAACAGGAGCACAAGGUUAUCAUCGUGGGACUGGACAAUGCAGGAAAGACCACCAUUCUUUACCAGUUCUUGAUGAAUGAGGUGGUCCAUACAUGUCCCACCAUCGGUAGCAAUGUGGAGGAGAUCGUUCUGCGAAAGACCCACUUCCUCAUGUGGGACAUAGGCGGACAGGAGGCGCUGCGCUCCACCUGGAACACGUACUAUUCCAACACUGAGUUCAUCAUCCUUGUGAUUGACAGCACGGACCGAGAUCGACUACUGACCACUCGGGAGGAGCUGUAUAAGAUGCUGGCCCAUGAGGCUCUGCGAGAUGCUUCCGUCCUGAUCUUUGCCAACAAGCAGGACAUGAAGGACUCCAUGACCACUGUGGAGAUCUCUCAAUUCCUCACCCUUAGCGCCAUCAAAGACCACCCGUGGCAUAUACAGGGCUGCUGUGCCCUCACGGGGGAAGGCGGAAUCGUAGCAAGCUGAGGACCUGGAUCGCUGGUUGAAGAAGGGGAGACUUUAGGCAGACUGCCUGCUGGGCUCCAAUGGAUGCAAUCUCAGACCACUGCCAACUGAUGUCCAGGCCUGAGGCCAACCAGAAACUUUGGGGUUUUGUAUGGACUAUGUGGAUGGAAAACCCAAGUGAUUAUUUAUUAAUUUUCUGUGAUUCUUUGAUGGGAGCAGGGGCAGCGAUGGACAGUGACAUUGCCGCUGUCCACCCAACCUCCGACAGAGCAGCUAGACUGCACACCCUGAAUUGCUGCAGACAGGACAGCAGGAAAAGCUGCCCCUCACUCCAUGGAAGCAGGCGUCCUUCUUGGAGACACCAGGGAAGCUCUUAGAUGUGUAGGGGAUUAAGAAGUGGAGCCUCCUCCCCUCAGCUCUCAACCUCUCUGUAGGAAAAACGGAGGGAGCUGAGUAAGAGACCCCUUUACUUCCUAGAACCCCACCCCUUCACCCCAACCCCAGCUUUUUGGCUCAUCAGCCAUCUUUGGGCAAAGAAGACUCUACAAAGAUGAAGGGGGUGGGCUCAGAGGAAGGAGGGCAGACCCAAAAUCUGGGAGGGGAGAGGGAGUGGGACAGGACAUCCCAGACAGGGACAGUCCUUGGCACUGAAAGCAGUUCCACUCCUCCCUUGCCGUCCCAUUCCCUCUGAGAUGCUGGCUCUGACCACAGCUUUUGAGCUUUAAGCCACCUCAUCCUAUAUCCUUCACUUCCAGUGUCCUUCCAAUGUGAAUCCCACUUCUGCCAAAUGUCCCAGGUUCCUCGAACACGGUCUGCUUAUCUUGUCUGUCUUUUUGUAAUGAUUUGUUUUCACACUGUAUUAGGAUUUUUAUAAAGGUAUAAUA